AUGGCAAUACGAAGCACAGCUUCGUGCCUGGAAUUUCGCAAGAACCUCUCGCCUGAUGAGUGGAUCACUCUGAUUGAAAAUGUCGACACACUCGAUUCUCAAGGCAAACAAAGCAGAAUAAUCAUCUCUGGAGACCCGGUUGACGCAAAGAAGCUUCGGAGAAUGAGAAGAAGACACCAGAAAGGAAAACGUCGUCGAUCUGAUCAAACGACAAAAGGUAACCGGUAGCCUCAACCAUAAACUGUGGAAGUAUCGCUGACAGUAUGGGAAGGAACUCUGACUGAGCUGGAGAGUGUUUCAAUCGAGAUUCGAGGUUCUGAUGGGAACUGGAUUCCUCACUUUUCUCGUAGACAAAUUAUCCAUCAUAGCCAAGACAAAGCUGAUGGACAACUUCCUUCCCUCACCACUUCCAUGCCCAACAAUCCAGGUUUUGGUGCAAUCGCCCAACAAAACUUUGAUGGGACCGAACUUGUUGAUACAGCAGAUAGGCAGCAAUUGGAGCUGUCGGAUGAAUUUGGGCUCCAAAGUAAUACCGGCUUUGCUGCUGGGGGGACUUUCUCACCUAUAUCUUUCGACGUGCCCUCGCUUAUGGCACUCAAUGACCUACAAACUUCUGGUGACUACAACUAUGAUUUCUUCUCCCCUGGCUCAGAUUGGGCAAGAACCCCAAGCCUGUCUCGCACAUUUGCUCCUUUCAGGCUCCCAAUUGAUAAAGAUCUGAGUUCCAUUCUGGAUGCGUCGCCGUUCAAACAUUUCAUGAGAAGUCUUGGAAUUUUAGGUGUGUAAACUCUCUCAAUACUGGCUACCGUGGUUCUCUUGAAUCGAAUAGAUUUCUCAUAAUUCCCAAAGUACGACUAACCAUCCACCAGGAUUCAAUACCAUGAACACAUCUCUCAACUCUAGAGGUACCUCUUCCUUGAUUGGUCAGGACUCAUUGCGACAUUUAGAGGACGACAUUCACCUGUAUCUGGCCAAAAGGAAUGGAAACAUGGGCGAAAAAACGAUAUCAGACGUCGCCUGUGUUUUGACAUCUCUCGGGAAUCAACUUUCCAAUACAAAACUGCAUGGUGUUUACACUAAGAGGAGAGUCUCAUGACGAAAGACGAGAUGCUUCAGGUUAAGCUGUUUGAGAGACUACUUUUUUCGACUGCCAAUGGCUUUGUUGGUCUUGAGGGUAUUCCCAUCCAGUGUGUACUCAAAUUCUUGCACAGACCCGGGAACAUCCAACUGCUGCUGAGAACAAGCCAUACCCAUGUUGGGAGGUCGCUGGCGGAAAAUCUUCUUCGAGCCGCGAUUGAAGGACAGGAUAAGGAUGCGCUUGAAUCGUUGUUAGCCUCUACGUCGAUCGACGUCAAUUCAAUAAUCUGUACUGUUGAUGGUAACAAGUAUACACCGAUUGAACGAGCUGCAAAGCUCAGGGAUCUUGGGAUGGUCAGUAUAUUUCUCAAAGAAAAGGCCGAUAUCAAGAAGACAUACAACAUUGGUUCAGGUCCGCUUACAAGACUUGUCGAAAUACACCCUUUAAAAUCAAGGCCCACAAAAAACAUUUUCAAAAUCACGGAGUUACUUCUAGACCAUGGUGCCAAGUUGGACCCUGGAUUUCUCAAGUCUGUAUUCGAGAUGCAAAUCCCGAAGUCAGAUGUUCAUGGUCUGAUUUCCAGAUUGCCUGGCGCUGACCACGCAGAAUUCAUUCGUUGGGGGAUUUUGAGCGAUAUUGCUAUACAUCUCGCUGGGUGGAGUGCUUCAGCGGCUACACAGGCUAUCAAGAAUAUCAUCAUGGCCUGUGAGAAUUCAAACUGCGGAAAUUGCAAGAAGAGAUUUGAGAGACAUUUCGACUGGGCUUUGAUACAAGCUGCAGAAUACGGACGCUUAGAACUUGUUGAGGUGCUUAAGCUUUACUCCAAAACCUCGAAUAGGGCUCUGAGUGCUGCUAUUCGUUCUGGCAGCAGCAAGAUUAUCGAUAUCAUCCUUACCUUGAAGCCAGAUAUCAAUGGACCUGCGCACAACAUCGACGGAGAAGAACUGCCAUCCGACACAGGUACCACCUCAUAUGCAAAGGCAAUUAGAACCAACAACAAGAAGCUUAUUCUCGAAAUGGAAACCAACGGUGCUCUUUCGCUCCUGAAGGAAGGGGAACGCUUCGAACCUGCGAUCACUGCGGCAUCCGAAAUUGGUGACCUCUUGUUUGCUCGAAAGCUUUUGAACCACCGCCAUUCUCCUGAGCCUUCUAGCAUGGCUAGAGCUUUAUUGAGCGCUAUCAGAAACGGUCAUGAAGAACUUUUCUGGAUUUUGCUUGAAGCUGGGGCUAGUGUCAAUCCUUCUUCAAUUAGGAGAUCCGGAGAGCUAGAUCCAUUGUUUUUAUCCGUGACCAGCAAGAACCCCAGGAUUGCCAAGGCUAUUUUGGAUGCUGACACCAAAGACAUAAAAUCCUGGCUGUGUUACGACUUCAACGGUGCUGAUACUACCAUUAUAGAACAAGCGAUCCUUUGGGGAGAUAGAGAUAUCAUACAAGACCUCCGGUUGGCCUUUCCACAAUCUCAUCUAGACAGUGGAAACUUUAAACUUAUAUUGGACUCUAUAGAUGAAGCGGUGUUUGAAUUUCUUCUCGACAUUGAAGUCUUUUCUAUCAAAGCCCUCGCCGCAUUGCUCAAAAUUGGAUUGGAUCAAGGCAAUGCCAGGCUGAUCGAGCAACUUCUGGAAAGGGGCGUAGAUCCUACCGACUCAAGUGUUCUAGUCAUGUGUUUAGCAAAGUACCCUGGCAUAAUCUACGAGCGAACGUCUUUCCGAAAUGGCAAUCGCAUGCCUAACUUUGGAACCGCUGCUUUGGUAGAUGUAAUCCGAGAUGUUCACAAUAGAAUCAAUGCCGUAACGCUCCUGCUUGAGACUGGGGUUGUCGACGCGAAAGCCUUCUCUGAUGAUCUCACACCGCUCGGGGAGGCUAUUAAUAUUGCUUGGGAUGACCAUCAUACCUGCCUAGAAAUUACAAAGAGUCUUCUCCGCUAUGGCUGUGAUCCCAACAGCAUCGUCCAUAACAAUGAUUACCGCCACAUCAAGCAUACAGCGCUCUUGGAAGCGAUCCAAACACGAAGAAAGAGACUGGUAGAACUCCUUAUUGAUGAAGGGGCAGAUGUCAACCGAGAGGCGAGAUUGGGACUUAAGCGAACGCCUCUACAGAAAGCGACAGAGGAAGAUAGCCUGGAGAUCGUGACGCUAUUUCUGGAAAGAGGGGCAGAUCCCAAUGCCGCGCCAGCGCAGCGUGGCGGAGCAACAGCGUUUGAACUUGCUGCUAUCCGAGGGAACUGUAUUAUUGCUGCCGAACUGCUUAAAUGGGGCGCAAAGCCUGACGCUCCGCCAGGAACUGUUAAUGGUCGGUGA